AUGGCUUACACCACCGUCUUGGCGCACAAUUUCUUUGGCAACGGCAGCGAGUUCGUGACCCCCGUCGAGUUGGAGGACAAGUGCCGGGCAUACGGCAAUGCAGCUCUGGCUGAGCGUGUGACGGCGUCGCAUCCUACCGGCUACAGCCUUGCCGCCGCCAUGGAGCGUGACGGCUUCAUCCGCGCAGAAGCCUUCUGUUCGUGGUGUGUGGAGGAGAGCCGCUUUGACGAUCUGAACGACUACCUCGUGCGAGCUUUCGGCGCCGGUCAAGUGGUGGUGAUGGAGCGCCAGAACGACUUCUCCCGCUUCAAGGUGCGCAGUGCCAACAAAGAGGUGAAGCUGUCGAAGAUGUUCGCGCUCGUGGAAGACGUCAAGACCAAGAUGCACAUCCGCGAGUACAGCGUUUCGCAGACCACGCUGGAGCAGAUCUUCAAUUCGUUCGCCAGCCAGCAGGAGGAGGAACAGGGGGCUAUUCGUGGCGUCUACCAAGGCCCUUAA